AAAUAUAUAUCAAUGCCUGAAGUGUGAGAAAAGUUUCAAGCACAGAGCACACUUUACUUCCCAUCAAAGAACUCACACAGGAGAGAAGCCAUAUAAAUGCAUGGAGUGUGGGAAAAGCUUCAGUCAGAGUAACACUCUUACUUCUCAUCAAAGACUUCACACAGGGGAGAAACCAUAUAAAUGCCUGGAGUGUGGGAAAAGCUUCACUGAGAGCGGAAAACUUACCUCUCAUUGGAGAAGUCACACAGGAGAGAAACCAUAUGAAUGCCUACUGUGUGGUAAAAAAUUCGGUCAUAGUUCUGGACUUCUUUCCCAUCGAAGAACUCACACAGGAGAGAAACCAUAUAAAUGCCUGGAGUGUGGGAAGAGCUUCAGAGAAAGUGGAAAACUUACUUUGCAUCGAAGAACUCACACAGGGGAGAAACCAUAUAAAUGCCUGGAGUGUGGGAAAAGCUUCAGUCAGAGUACCACUCUUAUGUCCCAUCGAAGAACUCACGCAGGUGUGAAGCCAUAUAAAUGCCAGGAGUGUGGGAAAAGCUUCAGUUGGAAGGAAAAUCUUAUUACCCAUCAAAGAACUCACACAGGGGAAAAACCAUUUAAAUGCCUGGAAUGUGGGAAAAGCUUCCGUGAAAAUGGAAAACUUACUUUGCAUCGAAGAAUUCACUCAGGGGAGAAACCAUAUCAAUGCCUAGAGUGUGGGAAAAGCUUCCGUGGAGGUGGACAACUUACUUUGCAUCGAAGAAUUCACACAGGUGAGAAGCCGUAUAAAUGCCAGGAGUGUGGGAAAAGCUUCUGUCAGCGUUCAACUCUUACUUCCCAUCAAAGAAUUCACACAGGGGAGAAACCAUAUAAAUGCCAGGAAUGUGGGAAAAGCUUCAGUCAUAGUGGAAGACUGACUUCCCAUCAAAGAUUUCACACAGGAGAGAAACCAUAUAAAUGCCUGGAAUGUGGGAAAAGCUUCCGAGAAGGUGGACAACUUACUUUGCAUCGAAGAAUUCACUCAGGGGAGAAGCCAUAUAAAUGCCAGGAGUGUGGGAAAAGCUUCACUUGGAAUGACAACCUUACUUCUCAUCGACGAACUCAUACUGGGGAGAAACCAUAUAAAUGCCAGGAGUGUGGGAAAAGCUUCAGUGAAAGUAGCAAACUUACUUUGCAUCGAAGAAUUCACACAGGGGAGAAACCAUAUAAAUGCCAGGAGUGUGGGAAAAGCUUCAGUCGGAAUGACUAUCUUACUUCCCAUCGAAGAAUUCACACAGGAGAGAAACCAUGUAAGUGCCAGGACUGUGGGAAAAGCUUCCGUCAGCAUUCCAGCCUUACUUCCCAUCGAAAACUUCACACGGGCGAGAAAAGAUUUGAAUGCACAGAGUGUGGAAAGACUUUCAAGCAGAAGGCCAACCUAAAUAAGCAUCAUAGGACCCACACGGGUGAGAAACCGUACAAAUGCUCUGAGUGCGGAAAGGAGUUCAGUCAAAAGGAAUAUCUCUCUAUCCACGAAAGAAUCCACACAGGGGAGAGACCAUACAAAUGCUUAGAAUGUGGAAGACGGUUCUGUCAGAAAGAGUACCUCACUAUCCAUGAACGAAUCCAUACAGGAGAGAAACCAUAUAAAUGCUUAGAGUGCGGAAAGAGGUUUUGUCAGAAGGAGUAUCUCACUAUCCAUCAAAGAAUCCACACAGGGGAAAAACCAUACAAAUGCAUAGAUUGUGGGAAGAGUUUCAGUCAGAAGACCAACCUGACUAGCCAUCGAAAUAGUCAUACCGGGCAGAAACCCUAUAAAUGCUUAGAGUGUGGAAAGAGCUUCAAUCAGAAGGCCCAUCUCACUAGCCAUCAAAACACCCACACAGGAGAAAAACCAUAUACAUGCUUAGAAUGUGGAAGGAGCUUCUGUCAAAAGGCCAACCUUACUUCCCAUCAAAAAACCCACACAGGGGAGAAACCGUUUGUCUGUUCAGAGUGUGGAAAGAGUUUUAGUAAGAAAGCCAACCUCGCUUCUCAUCAGAAAACCCACACAGGGGAAAAGCCGUAUGUGUGCUCAGAGUGUGGAAAGGGCUUCAGUCAUAAAGCCAAUCUUAAUACUCAUCUAAAUACCCACAGAGCAGAGAAACCAUAUAAAUGCUUAGAGUGUGGAAAGAGCUUUAGUCACAAGCCGACCCUUAAUAGUCAUCUAAGGACCCACACAGAUGAGAAACCAUAUAAAUGCUCAGAGUGUGGGAAAGUCUUCAGCCAGAAAGCCAGCCUUCGUACCCACCGGAAUACCCACACUUACUCUUGAUUCAGACAAGAUGCUUGGACAAGUUUUACGCCCCUAAAUGUAUGCUUGAUCUAUAUCUAUCCUGACUUCUCAGAUCUAGGUGUAGAAAGGCGACUUAACUGGGUCAGCUUGCUUGCAAAAUGUUAUUGAAGGGAAAUCAAUCCAACGUUCUGACUUCUUCAUGAGUCUGACUUCAUGACUCUUCUUAAGCAAACCAUAUUUAGGUCAAACGUCCGUCACAGCUGUGAGGGAUAAGAAAUUAUUGAGCCAAGGCAAUUGAGAAUCUUCAAAA